AUGAAUGCAAUUGGGAAAAUCUUUGAGGACCUACUACAGCAGACUGACUGGAGCGACAAAAAGGCGCAGGAGUGGACUGGGAUGAGGGAGGACCGCGUCUCAGCGGACACAGCCACCUUUUCCUUUCGCCACCCGCCUUCAAUCGUGCUGCAGUCAACCGUUACGCCAGUGCGCAUGCGCCGGCUGCACCUAGGAGGGCGCGCCCCCUGGGCAGCCUUAAGUCUGCGCGACUUCGCUGUUCGAGGUGACAAGAGCCGCAGGCGCCGUCUCCAGUUGUGCGCCUGCGUCUUAGAAAGAGGCCGGGCUGGGUGGGGCUUAUACGCCGCGCGUGCGCGCUCGCAACCGUCCAGCUUUUCUGGCGGGAAAGGUGCACGCGCGCCUCACAGCAGUCCUCCAAACGCAACUGUCGUUCGUCGUUCGUGGCUUUCAGGAACUCUAGAGGCAGCUGGACCUUUUCCAGUCCUCCCUGGUGAGAAAGGGAGACUAGUAGCUUCACUGGCAGCUGCGGAGCACCAGGGGUGGCCCAUGGACAUCCCGGAAGGCCAGAGAGGUGGCCCUGCCGCAGAAAUGUACUUCUGGGAGCAGCCUGAGGAAGAGAACCAGAGGACGCUGCUCAGCUUAGAGGAGCAAAUCCUCAACUCCACGUUUGAAGCUUGUGACCCUCAGAGGACAGGCAUUGUGGCUGUGACCCAUGUGCUGUCCUACCUGGAGGCUGUGACAGGCCGCGGGCCCCAGGAUGCACGCCUCCAAACACUGGCCCACAGCCUGGACCCCAAUGGGGAGGGCUCUCAGGCCAGGGUGGACUUGGAUACAUUCCUGGUUGUCAUGAGGGACUGGAUCGCUGCCUGUCAGCUGCAUGGGGGAUUAGAGCUGGAAGAGGAGACCGCCUUGGAGGGAGCCCUGACCUCCCAGCAAGUGCCAUCUGGAUGCCCAGAAGCUGAGGAGCCAGCCAACCUGGAGAGCUUCGGAGGCGAAGAUCCCAGACCUGAGCUGCCUGCCACAGCUGACCUAUUGAGCAGCCUGGAGGACCUGGAGCUCAGCAACCGACGUCUGGCAGGGGAGAAUGCCAAACUCCAACGAAGCGUGGAAACAGCAGAAGAGGGUUCAGCACGCCUUGGGGAGGAGAUACUGGCCCUGCGCAAGCAGCUUCGCAGUACCCAGCAGGCGCUGCAGUUUGCCAAGGCUGUGGAUGAGGAGCUGGAGGACCUGAAGACUCUGGCCAAGAGCCUGGAGGAACAGAAUCGCAGCCUUCUGGCCCAGGCCCGGCAGACAGAAAAGGAACAGCAGCAUCUGGUGGCUGAGAUGGAGACUUUGCAGGAGGAGAAUGGGAAGCUUCUAGCCGAACGGGAUGGAGUGAAGAGGAGGAGUGAGGAGCUGGCCACUGAGAAGGAUACUUUGAAGCGGCAGCUCUGUGAGUGUGAACGCCUCAUUUGCCAGCGAGAUUCCAUCCUGUCUGAGCGCACUCGCCAUGCAGAGAGCCUGGCCAAGACGUUGGAGGAGUACAGAAUGAUGACUCAGGAACUGAGGCUGGAGAUCUCACGCCUAGAAGAGCAGUUGAGUCAAAGCCAUGAGAGGCCGGAUGAGCUAUCUGAAGAAGUCCAGGGAAGAAGAGUGGGCUGGACCAAUCUGCUGCCCCCAUCACUGGGCUUGGAGAUCAAGGCCAUUCAGCAGAAACAAGAAGCAGCAGCUACUGAUCUCUCCAGUCCUCUGUGUGGAGUGUGGCAGUGGAAGGAAGACAUCAAUGAACCUGAUGAGGAAGCUGAAUUCCCACCUGAAUCCCCAGCUAGAGAACAAGGAAACUUCCAGGGAGAGCUGGCACACCCUAGAGAAGGAAGGAAGGAACUGUCGAUGUGGUUACCCAGAAGAGAGGAAGAAGAUGAAGCAGAUAGCAGCCAGACAGCUGACAGCCAGAUCAUGGAUGAUCCUCCUAUUCCUCUGGGAGAGCCUCAUCCUACGGACAUCCCAGGAUGCCCUCCUGAGAGCAGCCCUGCCCAGCCAGAACGUCCACAAUCUCUGGUACCCGUGAUAAAAGAACUGGUCCCAGUCAGGAGAAGGCUCUGGAGUCAGCUCUGCCUGCCCCCACAGCAUCUCAGGGUCACUCGGCACCCACUGAUCCCGGGCCCGGUCAUGGCCCUGCUGCUGCUGCUGCUGCUCUCCAUCCUGCUGUUGGGCCAGUCCCCAUCCCCCACCUGGCCCCACCUCCAGCUCUACUACCUCCAGCCCCCACCAGUGUGAGACGCUCCCCUUCCCACCCAGAGCCCUGUCUAGUUCAAUAAAUCCCCCAGGGUUCUUUGUCCUGUUAGCCCCAUUGUUAUGCCACUGUUGUUGGGCUUAAC